CUGCGAUGUCAUUGUGCAUGCUUUGUUUCUUUCUUAACACAUGAGGUCCGCAAUAUAGUAUAGCAAAGUCAACCCGGAGAUCCCUCGGGCGCGCAAUGGUCGGGUAUGGCACCUUAGCAGACGAUGACAACGAUGACCUCGAGAGACUGUAUGGCGCCACCAAUCCACGCGACACCACCAUCCAAAUCCUGCUCUCUCUUGCCCUCGGAAUCUCUGCGUUCCUCGCUUUCUGCGUUCUAAGGCCACGAUGGCAAGGCUUGUAUGCAGCCAGAAAGAAGCAGAAGGACGAAGCGACUGCCUUGCCUGACCUACCGAGCACCCUCUUUGGCUGGAUCCCGACAGUAUGGAGGAUCACGGAGCAGCAAGUGCUGGCUUCGGCCGGACUGGACGCUUAUGUCUUUCUGGCUUUCUUUAAGAUGGCUAUGAAGUUUCUGGCGAUCACAUUUCUGUUCUCCUUGGUUGUCAUCAAACCGGUUCAUGACGCCUACCCCGAAGAAAGCGAUAUACCAGGUAACAGCACCUACCACAACCGCACGAAGCGCGCAGACACUGUCCUAUGUCGCUCGGUCAACCUUCUGGACAGAAGCUCAUCGAACAGUACUGCCGAUCCGUCAUUUCCAGACAACUUCGAGACAGAUUACCUUUGGAUGUAUGUCGCCUUCGCCUACCUAUUCUCCGUUAUAGCCAUCUAUUUCGUCAUAGCAGAGACCCGUAAGAUCAUCGAGAUACGACAAGAGUAUCUCGGCUCGCAAACGACUGUCACUGACCGAACGAUUCGGCUGUCUGGGAUUCCACCUGACCUGCAAGAUGAGGGGAGACUUCAGGAGUUCAUUGAGAGCCUGGACAUUGGCAAGGUGGAGAGCGUAACGCUAUGCAGGAAGUGGAAGGAGCUUGAUCAAGCAAUGAACGCUCGAAUGGACGCUCUGAGACGACUGGAGGAAGCACAUACCAUACAUAUGGGUCUCAGGACCAUCGAGCGGAACCUCGAGACGCUGCCAAUUGCACAGCCUCCUCCGCCUGGUCCACCUGCUGCACCUAUCGCAGACGAGGAGCAGAAUGAGAGCUCUCGCUUGAUGGGCGCCAAUGGCCACGCAAAUGUGCCUUACAACCGCCCAAGGCCUAGGACAACAAUCAGAUACGGAAGGUGGAAGCUACAAAGCAAGCAAGUGGACGCGAUCGACUAUUACACGGAGAAGCUUCGACAAGCCGAUGACCGAGUGAGAGAGCUGCGGCAGAAGGACUUUGCUCCUACGCCACUCGCCUUUGUGACGAUGGACUCGGUUGCAGCUUGCCAGAUGGCCAUCCAAGCAGUGCUUGAUCCUUCGCCGCUACAGCUCAUUGCCAGUCAGAGCCCGAGUCCUUCGGACGUCAUAUGGUCGAACACAUACCUCUCAAGACGCAACCGGAUGUUACGGCAGUGGUCAAUAACUGCUUUGAUCGUUCUGCUCACCGUCUUUUGGUCCGCGAUCUUCGUGCCCAUAGCCGGCCUUCUAAACACAGACACCAUAGGCCGUGUAUUCCCACAAGUUGGAGACUUCCUCGACCACCACCAAAACUUGCGAUCACUAGUCAACACCCAGGUCCCGACAUUGAUCGCCACCUUGCUAACCGUCCUCGUACCUUACCUUUACUACUACCUCUCGUGGUUCCAAGGCAUGAUUUCGCAAGGCGACAUCGAGCUGGCAGCGAUCUCAAAGAACUUCUUCUUUACCUUCUUCAACUUCUUCGUCAUCUUCACGGUACUAGGUACCGCCUCCAAAUUCUACCAAUUCUUUGAAAAGUUCGACGACCUCACUAAGGACCUGCGAAAGAUCGCGUACACAUUGGCGCUGUCGUUGCAGCGACUGUUGCCCUUCUAUGUCAAUUUCAUCAUCCUACAAGGUGUCGGGCUGUUUCCGUUUCGGCUACUGGAGGUUGGUAGCGUCUCACUGUACCCGAUUUAUCUCAUGGGCGCUAAGACGCCCCGCGACUACGCCGAGCUAGUUCAACCACCCAUCUUCAGCUACGGCUUCUACCUGCCAACCGCCCUUCUGGUUUUUAUCAUCUGCAUCGUCUACUCCGUACUGCGCUCGUCAUGGUCCGUCCUCCUCGCUGGACUGAUCUUCUUCGCUCUCGGUCACUUUGUAUACAAGUACCAGCUCCUCUACGCCAUGGACCAUCAACAGCAGUCAACAGGCAGAGCAUGGGGCAUGAUCUGCGACCGUAUCUUCGUCGGUCUGGUGUUCUUCCAGCUCACCACAGCCGGUCAGCUGAUUCUCAAACAAGCAAUAUACCGAAGUGUGCUCAUGAUACCGCUUCUGAUCGCUACGGUUUGGGUCAGUGUGCUUUAUGGACGAGCGUAUAAGCCGCUUAUGCGGUUUAUCGCCUUACGAAGCAUUAAGCGCGGCGAGGCGUACGCGGAUCAACAGGCUGAUGGAAUCGGCACGGCCGUCAGCAACGAUCUUACUCCGGAACGCAACGUGUGGGCUGAUGUGGACAGCACGCAAGACCGCUACCCGCGUGAAAGUGCAGCGGCAUUGGGUGGAACUACAGAGAGCGGACUACGCUUCGUUAAUCCGAGUCUAGUGGCGCCGCUUGAGAGUGUGUGGAUUGCUGGUAAAGCCCUGAGCCCUGGAGACGAUGGUAUUGGAAGGGAUGUGGAGGUGUCGGUCUGAUUAUGAUACCCCAUAUGCAUGUGUCUGUUUCAGCAGUGCUAUAAUACCUCUGCGAGGUCGUCGACUAUUCAACCUUUUGCCUUAACUUUCUUUUCUGGUUGAACCUUGUUGCCCAACUACUGCACGCACGGGAUUCUCUGGUUGCGUCGCCUUAAUCGUAUACCAACGGCGUUUAACCAU